AUGAGUAUCAACAUCAGCUUUAUCAUCGUCUUCAGGAGUCAGGACAUAUGGAGAGAACACGAAGAAUGUAGAAGAAGAUUAGUAAGAACAUCCAUCCAUCCAUUCAUACAUCAUCAAUGGCUGCCGCCUCUGUUUCUUCAAGCUUCUCUCUUUGUACAUCUUCUCCCUCAGUUUCCUCUUCGUCUGCAAAGCUUCGUGCCAUCUCUUUACCUUUCAAUCGUCUCAUCAAACGAUCUAUUAUUUGCUUCUCUAAAAGUAAGCGAAGCUUCGGUGACCAAAUUCUGGAUUACAUUGAAGGGGGGCCAAAAUUAAGAAAAUGGUAUGGGGCACCAGAUCUCCUACCAAAAGAUGGAGCCGUCACUGAAAGUGAUGAACGUUCAGUUGCAGAAGAAGAAGAUGAAGUUCGAGAUGCAAUUUUAGUUACGGAUGGAGACAAUGAUAUUGGUCAGUUGGUGAUAUUGGCGUUAAUAGUCAAGCGCGUUCGAGUUAAAGCAGUGGUGAAAGACAGACGUGCAGCUUUAGAAGCCUUUGGGACUUAUGUAGAGGCAAUUUCUGGAGAUGUAAGUGACAGCUCAUUCCAGAACAAGGCUCUUAGAGGUGUUCGAACAAUAAUUUGUCCCAGUGAAGGAUUCUUAGCGAAGAUUAAGAACUUGAAAGGAGUGCAACAUUUGGUUCUACUAUCUCAGUUGUCUGUUUAUAGACGCAGCAGUGGAAUCCAAGCUCUCAUUAAUAGCAAUGCAAGGAAACUGGCCGAACAAGAUGAAUCAAUAGCUAUGGCUUCUGGAAUACCUUACACCAUUAUAAAAGCUGGUUCUUUAAAAAAUGUACCUGGUGGAAACCUAGGCUUCAGCUUUAAAGAGAAUAGUGCAGAAAUGGGAAGUCUUAGCAAAGAAGAUGCCGCUACCAUAUGCGCUGCUGCAGCCCUUGAUGCAGUCCCCAAAAGCAGUUUUGUAUUUGAGGUGGCUAAUGGCGACGACCAGAAAGUUUCAGAUUGGAAAGAGCUUUUUGCAACAUUGUUAGUGAAAGCUGAUGAGCAAACCCUAAGUGAUAUAAAAGGCAUGUCCAAAUGUUCUUGUGUCUAUAUUCAAUUCUUAUUGGAAAAUUAACGUUCUUUUUCAUAAAUCUGGAAAAUUUAUUGUCUUUUCUUCUCAAUAUUUACUAUAGUUGCUGGUCCUUAAUAAAUCAUGAAUUU